CUCUGCUUGUGGGUUCUCUGCUUUUCCUUCAGCAGAUUGAGGGUUGAUAACUGGUUAUGGCAUUGAAGGUACUCUGUCCAAGGCUGAAGAGUUGGCAGACUUUUCAGCUUACGGUUCCUUCUUUACUCUGUCCUGCUCCAAAACCAGCCGACAGAGCUUCUUCUUCAUGGUUGAAAAUAUAUUGUGGACGCAAUAAAUCCCCUGCAUGUGGAUUAGGUUAUCAGCCCGCUCAUUUCCAGUCAUGUUAUUCUAGAGGAAGCAGUAUAAAGCGAGCUUGCAGUGCAAAUUUUGAUGAAUCCCCAGAUGAAGAAUUGUUCAAAAAGAGGUUAAAUUUUUCUGAUAAUGGCGACGAAGUUGAUAAGGAAACCAGACACAUUGAAGGUGAAGAUGGCGUCAAGUUACGGCAGACUGCAACUUUGAAGCUGGAAUCUUUGGUAUUGGAGCCUUCUUUGCUAGGUAUCCAGCCUGAGCCACCGCAGUGGCCGGAGAGAGAUGAUCAGAUUUUUCGCAUGAGCAUCGAGCAGAGAGCGAACAGGGUGGAAAUUCCCCUGUCGCUUCGCAUAAUCAAGAGGAAGCAAAAAUGGGAAGAGAGCUUGAAAGAAGCAGGGGAUUUCACUUACUGUUCUGUGAACAGGGCAUUCUCUUCAAUGGUAUUUAUGAUUCGAGAGCUUCAGAGCUACGCGUUGCAUAUAAGGGAAACUCUCUACGGUGAAGAUUUACAAGGGAUCAUUGAUAACAUGCAGAGAGAACUGAAUGCAUCAUUCGUGUGGCUCUUUCAACAGGUUUUCCCGCGGACGCCGACUCUUAUGAUUUACGUGAUGAUUCUUUUGGCUAAUUUCACGGUAUCUUCCAUGGCCGACAACAUUGUUAUUGCCACUGCUGCUGCUACACAUGAAAUAUCUUGCGCAACCAUUACGGACACUAAGAACAGGAAUCGACCCCAGUUUAAGCAUGAUUUUAGGUCGUUUUCCGAUACAUCUUCUGGUAUAGGAAAUCGUGGUGGUGGCGGCAAAGUAAGCCAUGUUUGUGAUGAGAUAUCUGAGGCUUCUUUGUUUGGGAAUAAGAAGUUGAGUGCAGAGGAAGAGACGAACUUGUGGAAAUCAGUGGUGGAGGAGGCUUCAAGGAUGCAGGCAGAGAUGAGAGGGGAGGCUCUUGAUCAUGAAACAAUGCAACGGUUUGUUUCGCCGGUGACUGUGGCGCCGGAAUCCGACGAUUAUGAGGAUUUCUUUAAGACUGAUCUCUCGUACCAGAUGGGUUUAUACCAGGACCCAAAUAAUCCUCUCCUGCUGUCUAACUAUGCCCAAUUCCUCUAUCUCGUCGCUCAUGACAAUGAUAGGGCAGAAGAGUGCUUUAAGCGUGCUGUGCUUGUAGACCCACUUGAAGCCGAAGGACUGAGUCGAUAUGCAGAAUUCUUGUGGAUGGCACGAAAGGACAUGUGGGGAGCAGAAGAGAGGUUCCAGCAGGCAAUGGCCGCUGAGCCAGGCAACCCUUUUCAUGCUUCCAAGUAUGCCAAUUUCCUUUGGAGCACCGGUGGUGAAGAGACUUGCUUCCCACUCAAUGCAUCAUCAUCAUAUGACGACUACAAUUAAGUUUUUAAUAACGCUACAAACUACAGUUUUAUCUCACCAUUAUUCUAUUUUGUUGACGUGACAGUAUCAAUCAGGUAUUAAAUUUCUUUUUUUAAAAAAAUAAAAUAAAAUAAAAUAAGAGUUGAUCCAAAGACUGAUUGAUGUUAUCACAUCAGCAGAGUCAAGAGUGUGAUAAAAGUGUAAUUUCUAGCAUUACUCAUAAGUUUUAUAACCGAGGAGGGGUCGUGUCUUUUUUGCAUAACACUAUAAUCCCGUUGUGUUAUUCAUGUUUUAUAUUUUAUUACCCCUUUCUCUACAUUACUACAUAAUUUGGUUUAUAUGUGCCCACAACUUGUUAGAAUAUUUAGGAUUUUUUUUUUAAUAGGUAUUUACUAUAGUUGUCUAUACGUACUCAAAUCUCUGGAAUUUGAUUACCUUUUGUAGCCUACCCCACUAUCCACAUUUUCCUUGUAAAUAGACCAUGCAACAACAAUCGUGUAAUCAAUAAGAUGUUGCUCUAUAGGGCACUUUUGAGUGGUGAAUAAUA